AUGAUCAUGAGUGUUUCCAGUGCAAAUGAAAAUGUAGGUCAAUCUUUAUGUCAAACGGGUUUUCCGAAACAGUUUCAAGCGGUAUUGAAUAUGAGUGGAUUAUUUACAACACUGACUCCAGGUGUACAACAAUUAUUGUACGAUUAUACAAACUCAAGAGUUCGUUUUGACGUUCCAGGUUGGCGAGCAAAACAAAAUGAAACUUACAUGGUUAAGUAUAAGCCUAAAGGUGCUCAAUCAGAUCCACCACCCUCACACGAUUAUACAAUGUUCAAUUUUAACCCUGAUUAUCCAGAAUUAACAAAAAACGACUGUUGGUACAGAACAAAUCCAAUGGGCGAUAUAGGCCCAUUUCCGUUCUCAUGGAUGAAUUCUCAGUCCUAUUUGGAAAUUCAACCGUGGUUUCCAUUACCAUCGAAUCUUAUUAACAAGGGUAAAGAAUGGGUACCAGAAACUCAACAGAUUGCAGUUGUAAGCAUGGCUUUCUAUUCUGAGCGGAACUUGGCAAGUCUAAACAGAGGAUAUAUUGAAUCUAAGUCGAAGUGCUUAAUCCAUCGAGUCCUAGUGCAAGUGCGGUUCCUUAGAAAGGUUUUUUCCAUGUGUACGACUUUUUUUUGAUACAAUACAAAUACGAGGUGUCAUACAAUCUUUUGUUUUCUUUCUGCCGUAGUGUAAGUUGAUUUUGUGUUCUUCUUCUUUCGACGCAAAACUUUAAAACAAAUCAUUUACGUUUAACUAAGCUAAUUCAAAAAGACUUGUUUUUUGACCUCUCUUGCUUCAUUCUGACAAUACAAAUGACAGCUGACUCAUUUCUU